UCUAUGUGAACACUUGAACGCAGCACCAGUGUUGGGACUUCAGUGGACUGAGGACGUAGCACAGACACACAGCUUCAGCUACUUCAGGCUACUGACGCUUUGCACCGCUGUAGGUUGUUUACCCGCUUGUAUUUUGCCUUAACAAAAAUCAGAAAUGGAGGGACCUGUUUGCAACAUUCAGGUGCUUCUUCGAGCUGCUGAGUUUCUUGAGAGAAGAGAGCGGGAGGCAGAACAUGGAUAUGCGUCUGUCCUGCCUCUCAGUCCAGAUGACUCCGAUAAGAGAAGCAAGCUGAAGAGCAAGAAGAUAUCUGCUGGUGGUGGCCAUAGAUCUGUUCAUAAUGAGCUGGAAAAAAACAGACGGGCUCAGCUGAGGCACUGCCUUGAGCAGCUCAAAAAGCAAGUCCCUCUGUCGUCUGACUCGAUGAGGAACACCACGCUCAACCUGCUGAGACGAGCCCAGCUUCACAUUAAGAAACUGCAGGAGCAGGAUGAGCGUGCAGAGCAGAUGAAGGGCCGCCUACGCUGGGAGCAGAGGGAGCUGCAGGUUCGAUUGGAGCAGCUGCAGAGAGGCACAGAGAGGAUGAGGAACGACAGCCAGGGGUCAACCAUGUCCUCGGAGAGAUCUGACUCUGACAGAGAGGAUGUGGAGGUUGAUGUGGAGAGCAUCGUGUUUGACUGCAUGGACUCUGACGGACUGAGCAUUACACACACUGGUUCAGACCACUGUUACUCCAGCAUGGACAAAGCCUGGCUAUGACCACAGUAAAACAUAACACACUGUACGUAAUGUCACCAGGUGAACAGGAGGAGGAGAAAACAUUCCAAAAAGAAGCGAACAGAGGAGGAGAGAAGACGGAGAAAAGAGGUUACCCUAUAACUGAACAUGUUUUUCUUACAAGAGAAGUAAUUUUGGACUUUCUUUUUUCAGAAUAUGUCAAACUACAAGCUAAAUGAUGAUGUUAUAAAUGAGCUGAGUCCAUUUGCACUGAAAAGCAGUAAAAAUCACUGGGCUGAGAUGGAUGUACCAUACGCAUUUAUAUUUUCUGGCAAGCAUUAACUGCAUUUCUUUAAAAGCCAUGAGACACCCAUAACUUUGAAUGAUUUAAACAGUUCUAAUCAUUUAUCUUUAGGAUUUUUUUAAUCCAAAAAAGGGCUUUUUAUUCAAUACUCAUAACUUAUUCUUUACUACAGUAUCUCUAUACUGAAUUCUGCCUUAAAUCAGAUUUGUUUUUGUAUUCAUCACAGCUUUCUUUAGCACUAAGUUCGACUUUCAGUAAUUUCAUGUGUAGUAUGCACUUAAACAUUUAUCUGUGCUCUUUUCUUUGUAUUAUUGCCUUUUAUGUAAGGUCAGCCAUGUAUUUGAUCUUUUCUUCAGUUGCACAAAACGUCCUCACAUUGCACUUGUUUUGUUUCUAAAGGAUUGUGGGUAAAUAUCAAAAGGAAACCAUGAGCAGAGCAGAAAUGAACUGGUCAUAUUUGCACAUUUAUAACUGGCAACUAAGUAACCUUACCAAGUGUUCAUUUGGUAUAUUUGUACAAAACUCAGUCUUUAAUUAAGCGCAAGAACACUGACGCCUAGUAUUUAGGAUACAACAGUACAUCACAACUGUCCACAUCAACGCUUUUGCAGUUUGUCAGUAUAAAUGUUAAUAAUGCAUGCAACAAAAACAGUCAGGCAGGUAUUGUCUACUUGUAAUAAUUACACAAUGCAAGCUUUAUUACAAGUAUCAUAUUCAUUGCUAUAUAUUUAAUAAUUGAAGGUGCUUUUUCUCUUUACUUUUUUAUAUGCAAGAUGCCUUAUUAUCUUUUAAUAUUAUGUAUGCAUUCAUCGGUCUCUCCGCCCAGUAAUAUUAUGUAGCAUUUUUCGUACUGGUGUAAGCUUUUUUUAUUGAAUAAAUAUUUUCUAUAUUUA